CAUUGUUCUUACCGUCAUGGCCGUGGAGGCGUUUGCUUCGCUGUUUUCCUAAUAUUAUAGAAUUUAUUUUUGGCUUUCAUGAUGAAAUCGUUUACCAAGUUUGUAUCAGAAUAUUGUAAAACUUGGGAAAAAUCUGGAAAAGAACAAUUUAUCAAAACUGUGACACAAUCUAUAAAAGAUGAAGAAAAGAGUCCAUUGUUGACAAAAUCUGGGAAGCUAUCAGGAUUGUCUGAGAACAUUUACGAUCUACUGCUCUGCGGUCUGCGAGGGGCGCUAAAGAGAGAUGCUGUUUUGUCUACACUCCAAGAAAUAUGUGCUUUACAUGCAGAUAUACCAUCUAUAGUUCUGGACGUGGUGUGUGUACUAGACGCAGAGACCUGUUCAGACAUCCAGAGCGAGGAGCGCUCCAACUUCUGCUACAUAGUGCGGGAACUAGAAUCAUUUAUAUCUGAAAAACUGUUGAAGGAAAGACUGGAAAUUGAUACCUUACAGGAUGUUGGUACAUUGAAGAACAAAAACUUUUACACCAAAUUUAUCAAAAUCAAGACAAAAUUGUAUUACAAACAACGUAAAUUUAAUUUAUUCAGAGAAGAGAGUGAAGGAUAUGCUAAAUUAAUUGUGGAGUUAAAUCAAGAGGUCACCGAAGAAACGGAAUGGAAAGGAUUAUUAGAAAUCAUUCAAUCACUUAUAGGUUGUUUUAAUUUGGAUCCAAACAGAGUGUUAGACAUUAUAUUAGAGUCUUUUGAAGCUCGUCCCCACCUAGACUCGCUAUUCAUAUCCUUAAUCAAGCACUAUAUGGGUGACCCUCAAGUUAUAUCAGAAGUUUUAGGAUUCAAACUUGGCAAUAUGGAAGUGCUAGAUAAAUAUGAAGAACCACCACCACUCAUGACAGUUAUAGCACUGUUAUUACAACAUCAAGUAAUAGCUCUGGAUAAUAUCUAUCCAUGGUUGCGCCCUGAUGAUACGAUAAUGGCCAAAGAAGCGGACAAGGAAUUUAAAGCCGUUCAGGAGUACAUUCGCAAGAUUAACAUUGUGUCCACUAAAGGACCACAGGCCAAUGCUCCCACUGAAUUUGUUGAAGAUAAAUUUGAUCCACAGGAUUACUGGGGCAACCAGAAGCUGGUGCUGAGUGAAGCGCUGCUGCGCGUGAACGCGUGGCGCGAGUUCGCGGCGCUGGCGGCGCGGCUCCCGGGCUCGGGCGUCGCCGAGCGGCCCGCGCGCGCGCUCGCCGGCAUGCUGCACGCGCUCGUCGAGCCGCUCUACAGGAAACACUGUCGAGUCUCCCCAAAGAUCAUGGGCACACCCAUACCACAGCUUACGUCUCCUUUGGCCCCUUCCGCGUGCGUCACAUUCGAAGACAUGAAACAGAGUGUCAUCCCUGCAUUGAUCCUAUUGGGGCCUUCGCUCCAUUAUGAUCCCAUUUUAAUGUAUAAAAUAAUACGUAUACUGCGAACAUCCCGUUCACUAAAAGAAGAUCCCUUGCAACAUGAAGCCCUCACUGUGCUCGACGCUGCCAUAUUGCCCUCGCUCACCCUGAUGGAAGGCAAUUGUUGCAUGGCCGAGGAAGUUUACACCCUGCUCAAACUUUAUCCAUAUCAAUGCAGAUACUGCCUGUACUCCCGUUGGAAGAACGAAUCCGGCGAGCGUCUGCCGGCGCUCAUGCGGGUGCGGGGCAACUCCCUGCAGCGGAUCAAGCACAUCAUGAAGCGCGUGUCCAAGGAAAACAUCAAGCCGCAGGGCCGCCUCAUCGGCAAGCUGUCGCACGCGGCCCCGCAGUUCCUCUUCGACUACAUGUUGCUACAGAUCCAAACGUACGACAACCUGAUCGGCCCGGUGGUCGAGUCGCUCAAGUACCUGACGGCGCUCUCGCUGGACGUGCUGGGCUACUGCGUGCUGGAGGCGCUGGUGGCGUGUCGCGCCGCGCGCGGCGCCGCGUACCCGCCGUGGUUGCAGGCGUUGGCCGCCUUCGCCGGCGCCGCUUUCAAGAAGCACAACAUCGAGCUGACCGCCCUGCUGCAAUUCGUCGCCAACCGCCUUAAGGCGCACCAGAGCCAAGACCUGCUUAUAUUAAAAGAAAUAGUGCAAAAAAUGGCUGGCAUAGAGGCUGCGGAAGAAAUGACAGCGGAGCAAUUAGAUGCCAUGGCUGGAGGCGAACUAUUAAAAGGAGAGGCUGGAUACUUUUCUCAAGUGCGCAACACCAGAAGGUCGUCAGCGCGGUUAAAAGAGGCCAUAGUUGGAAACAACCUAGACAUAUCACUCUGCAUACUGGCCGCUCAGCAACGCCACUGCUGCGUGUGGAAAGAUAUCGAUGAAGACAUCGGUCCCGGCUCCGCGCCCGGCUCCCGGCUGAAGGUGGUGGGGCGGCUGGCGGACCAGUGCCAGGACGCGCUCGUGCAGCUCGGCACCUUCCUCGCCUCCUCGCACGCGCCCGACGAGUACGCCGCACGCCUGCCGCCGCUGCAGGAACUGCUCCGCGAUUACCACGUAGACGCCGACGUGGCGUUUUUCCUCCACCGCCCAGUGUUAGCCCAAAAGAUCGCCGCCAAAGUGGAAAUGCUGCGUAAAAGUUCGGACAGCAGCCCGGAGCUGGCUAUAGAGCGCUACAGCGCCGCGGCUAAGGAGGCCCUAGAGCCGGUGGUGCACUCCGUCACACCCCUACUGCCUCUCAGGACCUGGGAGGAUAUAUCGCCAGAGUUCUACGUCACGUUUUGGUCCCUGUCCAUGUACGAUCUAAAAGUUCCCGAAGAAUGUUACGACAGGGAAAUAGAUCGGCUGAGAGCGGCCGCAGCGGCCGCCGCCAAGGACUCGUCGCAAGGCACCAAAGGCAAGAAGGAGCAGGAGCGGUUCAAUACGCUUAUAGAUAAACUGCAGGAGGAGCGCUUGCGGCAGCAGGCGCACGUGGCGCGCGUGGCGGCGCGGCUGGCGCGCGAGUGCGGCGGCUGGUUCCCCGCGCGCGCCGCCAAGUCCGCCAAGAACGAGACCGUCACGCGCCUCAUGCAGCUGUGCCUGUUCCCGCGCUGCGUGUUCACGCCCGCCGACGCGCUCUUCUGCGCCGAGUUCGUGCACGCCGUGCACGCGCUCAAGACGCCCAACUUCUCCACGCUGCUGUGCUACGACCGGUUGUUCUGCGACAUCACGUACUCGGUGAUGUCGUGCACGGAGGGCGAGGCGGCGCGCUACGCGCUGUUCCUGUGCCGCGUGCUGGGCACGGCCAUGCGCUGGCACGCCGACAAGGCGACCUUCCACAGGGAGUGCGCGCACUACCCCGGCUUCGUCACCAAGUACCGCGUCUCCAACCAGUUCACCGAGGCCAACGACCACGUCGGCUACGAGAACUACAGACACGUGUGCCACAAGUGGCACUACAAGAUCACCAAGGCCAUGGUGGUGUGCCUGGAGUCUGGCGACUACGUGCAGAUCCGCAACGCGCUGAUCGUCCUCAUCCGGGUGCUGCCCCGGUUUCCCGUGCUCGCUAAACUGGCGCAGAUCAUCGAGAAGAAAGUUGAGAAAGUAAGAGAAGAGGAGAAGACGCAUAGGCAAGAUCUGUACGUGCUGGCGACGGGCUACAGCGGGCAACUGCGCAACCGCAUGUCCAGCAUGAUGCGGGAGAGCGAAUUCCAUCAGGUGGUGCAACUGCAGCCGGGCGACAAGCACAAGGCGGCAGCGCCCGCCGCGCCGCGCGACGAGCCGCACAAGCCGGAGCCGGACACCGCGCCGCCGCCCGCGCCCGAAACAGACAAACGGGAGUCACGCACGAGCGACCGGCGCCGAGAGGAGGCCGACCGCGACAAAGAAUCCAAACGCGAAACACGAGUGACAUCUAAAGAAAGAGCCAAAGAAGAAAUUAGAAGCAAAGAAAGAUCACCGAGAGAUCGUCAACACAGAGAGGAGCGGUACCUGGAGACCGUGUCGCCGCCGCUCGACCACCGCCACCCGCCCGACGACAUCGAUCGAGAUGUGAAACGCCGUAAAGUCGAAAGCAGCAGUAACGGCAAGGGCAAAGAGUUAGAGGAACGGUCACCCGAGAAGGAAAAGCGAAAGACUAAAGUCAGAGGUGAUGAACGUAAAGAACGUAAGAUGAGCCGCAAACGGGAUAGAGCUGAUGAAUCAGCAAUUGUAGAACAGAAAAGACGGCGCGACGAACAAAAAGCUGUUUUAAAGAUGGGAGGUCACCAAAACGGAGCGCAGGAAGAGCAUCAUUACGAGAAAUAUCAUAAACGGGAAAAGUCGCCGUUCAGGGAUCGGUCGCAUGAAGAACCGAGAGAUAAACAAUAUCCUUUUUAAUAUCUUU